CCAUACAGCUGGUUGUAUUUCAUCAUACAGCUGAGUGUACUUCAUCAUACAGCUGAUUAUACUUCAUCAUACACCUGAUUAUACUUCAUCAUACACCUAUGUGCACUGCGUCAUACACCUGGUGUACUCUUCCAGCGACACAUAAGUUGCAUAUGUGGUAGAUACGGGCUACAUCCUACCACAGCUUCAAGCACAACACCGUUCCCGUCCUGACCCGAAGGUAUCAUAUGCCCAUUAAUGUAUGUCGGCGACAGGUCAAUACCACUUUGAAAAGGCGCCCUCAUUUCAUGUAUGACCGAAGACACUCGGUGAUCGCUGUACGAACGACACAAUAAAUAUUUGACAAGUGUUUCGUUGCCCGUCUGUCCUAUUUGCUUGUAAUUUUUUUGUCCCCGAGCGCUCUGUCCUGUUCAAAUAAGGUGUACAGUGACUGAAGCCCAAACUGUAGGACAAGGUCAAGACGAAGCAGUGUGCGACAUUUGCAAGACCAAGCAUUUUUCCAACACUCUGUGGAGGUGAUCACACAAAUCUGAUCAACCAUUGCUGGACACACUGGUAUGUAUGUGACUUGCGGUGUCGAACAGGUACAAUAGAUGCUAAACACAGAUAUGAUCUGAAGGGGUCCGGACAUGACGUCACGACAGUCACGUGACAUAGACGGCGGCUGGGCUUGGGUCGUGCUGUUUGCGGCCUACAUAAAUCUCCUCAUAGGCCCAGGCCUGGCGUAUGUGGGAGGCAUCUUCCAGACGGUAUUCCUGGAACAGUUUCAGGAGAGUGUCGCAAUGACGUCAUGGGUGACGUCACUCUUUGCGUCACUCAUGCAGCUGGCAGGCCCAGUGUCCAGCGUUAUAUCAUCACAAGUCAGCUGCCGGGCGUCGGUCAUCACAGGGGGGACGUUGUUGGCGGCUGGCCUCAUAAUCAGCAGCUUCGUCCACAGUAUACGUCUCCUUCUCGUUUUCAUGGGCAUUGUCUCAGGAAUAGGCCUUGGACUCACCUACUCUGCCUCCAUCGUCAUCGUUAAUCUGUUCUUCGUGAAGCGGCGGACCUUUGUCACGGGACUCGCGCUAUCUGCAUCCGGUGCGGGAAUACUCAUACUUCCGCUUGUGUGUCGCCACCUGCUCGACGUUUUGUCGUGGCGAGAGACUCUGGCAAUCCUUGCAGGUUUGUCCUUGCAGAUGGUGGUGUGCGGAGCUGUUAUGUUUCCUGUUCACGAACACAACGACAAUAGUAUGUGCUUCAAGCUGUUUAGGAACCGCAAAGCCAGUGAAUCAUGUAAGGCAAAUACAGAACCAGAGAAGGGCAAAAUGUUGAAACAGGAUUACGAUUCAGCUCAGACAGAACGGGCUGUUUCUUGGAAAGACCAACAUUUGGUUGUCAAAGACUCAAUAAAUUCAGCCAUGAACAUUUCAAGUUCUAUCAGCUUUGAAAUGUCAAAGAUUAAAAACUUAGAAUCCAAACCACUUUACGUUAAUGUAGGCUUUUUAAUUUUGUGUCUUAGUCUUUUUCUCCUUAAUUCUGGCCUAGGUAUAUUUCUCAUUCAUUUUCCGAGCUUCGCCAAAACUUUUGGCGUCACCCAAACGGAAGUGGCCUUGGCCAUGGCGAUGAACGGUCCAGCCCUAAUAAUCUCGAGAGUUAUGAUCGGUGCAAUGGGAAAUGAUAGCAAAACGGACCCUCUCUCUGUCUUUGUUGGUGUGAUGCUAAUAUCAAGUGUUGUCGUAAUGCUGACCCCUGUCAUAGCUACCUCGAUUGCUACACAGACUCUCGUCAUGGUGUUGAUGGGAAUGUAUUGCGGUGGGUCGUACUCGCUUCUGACCGUUUUAACCAUCGAAUGUGUUGGCAUUGAGAAACUAGCUGCUGCCUUUGGCUGGGAAAUGAUUGCUGCUGGAAGCGGAUACCUAGUAGCGCCACCUAUUGCCGGUUGGGUUGUCGAUUCUACUGGUUCCUAUUCCAACAGUAUAUAUCUGUCAGGUGCGCUGUUGUUUGUGUCAGUGUUGGUGAUCAUGAUGAUGCCCGUCUGCGGCGGACGUCGUCAUCAACAUCUUCUCCAUCACCCCGACGACAUGUCGCUUGAGGUUGACCAACAAGAAAGCCAGACAUGGACCUGAUGUACCCCGCUGUGCUCUACCAUGUUGUUUGUUUGGUUGUUGUUUAACGCCGCAAUCAGCAAUAAUCCAGCUAUAUGACGAAUGUCUGUAAAUAAUCGAGUCCGGACAAGACAAUCCAGUGACUGACAUCAUGAGCAUCG